AUGAAAUAUUUAGGAUGCAAAGAAAUUUGUGAUAUAACACAUACUUUAUAUUCUAAGGGAUUUUGUUAAUACUUUAGUAGUAAAAAAAAUUAAUUAAAUUUGUAGAUUACAUGUUAGAAUCAGCAUCUGUUUCUUCGAAUCUUACCUCACCUGAAAAUUUAAAUUGGUUUUUAAUAUAUGACCCACAACAUAUAGAUUCAUCUGCAACAAUUAUACUUAGUAAAUUAAUAUAUGGAAUCUUUAAGUUUAAUUCAGGUUUCUAUAGAUACUUUAAAAGGAUAUAGUCUUCUUAUCCAAAUUACUAAAUUGGAUUGAAAAUUAAAAUUGUAACUUUUAACGAAAUUCCAAUAAAUUGUGGAAUAUAGUUUAUGAUUAAUAAUACUAUUUUUGGAUCUAUUUAUAGAAGUGCCUCUGGUAUUCAAACUAAUAAAUUAAUAAUCUAUAAUAUUGAACUUGAGAGUGUAUAUUUAACAUAUUCCUCAAAUAAAAAAUAUGAUUUAAUUACAUAUGUUGACAUUCCUAGAUACCCAUUUUUAUUUUCAGCAACAGGAAAUUAUACGUAUAUAUAAAUUUAUUUAGAUUAGUGAUGACACAGCAGGAUGGGCAAUAGCUUCAAUCUAGGUUACAACAGGAUAUUGUCAUGAAGAUUGUACUUAGUGUGAAGUAUCAUUUAAAUGUAAGUAAUGUUAUUAUGGAUAUUAUUUUUAUCGAGAUGGUAGUUGCAUAAGUAAUUGCCAAUCUCCAUAUUAGAAAUUAAAUGGUUCUUAUUGUUAAGAUUACGAUGAUGAAACACCUUGUAUCUUAUUAUAAUAUUUAGACUCUUACUAUUUGAUUAAAGAAUAUAUAAAUGCUGCCAACGACCCUGGAUAAUAUUCAUAAUACACUUUAAUCUCUUAAAAUGGAAUAAACUUUUUAAAAGGAUCAGAUAUCUAUUAUUCAUAUAUUUAAGGAAUUAGAGUCUUUGGAGGACCUUUUGUGUGGGCCUAAGCUAAAUUCUAAAGAGUUCAUAAUAUAAUAUCUCCACAUCAUAGUGUCACUAUUGCAUUUUAUAUACUUUACGGUCCAUCAUUCCCUUCAGAUGGGAAUUUUAUAUAUACAAUUGAAAAUAAUACACCAGUUUCUAAAUCAAGUGUAGAUAGUUCAUUGAAUUAUGAUGGGUCAAAAUACUAUAAAGUUUAUGAAAAAAUCAUUCAUAAUUCAAAUACAUUAACAAUCACUUGGGAAUGCUUAGGUCCAAAUAAUGAACCUAUUAAAGCCUAUUGUGGAUUUUAUAAUUAUUAUAUUGCUGUCCAUGAUUGCAAACCUUAUUGUUUGUAAUGUUCAGACUAAACUACAUGUACUUUAUGGAACAGCACUUAUGAUGCUAGUAUUGUUAGAUUUUCUUAAUCAGAAUGCUUAGUUAAUUAAUAUUAUGAUAAGGAUUCUAUUAGAUGUUUAGAUUGUCCAUUAUCUUGUUUAACAUGUACAUCUACAAUAGAUUGUUAAACAUGCUAACCAACUUAUGUAUAAACUAAAUUAGGAUGUAUUUGUAAAAUGAAUCAAUAUGAAGAAUCAAAUCAAUGUUUUGAUUGUCCUAUUGAAUGCAAUUAAUGCUUAAGUUCUACUUAUUGUAUAGAAUGUUUAAAUAGUAAUUUUAGACAAUUAUCAAAUGGGUAAUGUAAUUGUUUUGAUGGGUUUUAUCCAAUUGUAUCAAACCCUUAGUGUUAAAUAUGUCAUUAAUUUUGUAAAACUUGUAUUGGACCUACUUCUGAAUAAUGUUUAACUUGCAAUGAUAUUGUUAAUAUUGAAAAGGUAGGUUCAACAUGUAGAUGCCCAACAGGGUCAUCUUAUUAAGAAGAAAUAAAAACUUGUUCAUCUUGCCAUCCAUCAUGCUUAAGUUGCUUUAGAACAACAAUUGAUGGUUGCUUAACAUGUGAUCUAAGUUUAAAUAGAAUAUUAAAAGGGUUAAAAUGUGUUUGUGCACCUGGUUAUUAUGAAUUAAGUAAUAUUUGUACAAGUAUAUAUAAUAAUAAUUAUUAUAGAUUGUCCAAAUAGUGAAGAUACAUCUCUAAGUCAAUGUUAUAAAUAAUGUAAUAAUAAUUAAUAAAUAUGGCAUACUAAUACUUGUACUUCUUGUGAUUCUGGAUUUAAUUUAGUUUAUGGAGAAUGUCAACCAAUUUGUGGUGAUUCAUAAAUAAAAGGAUAUGAAUAAUGUGAAGAUAAUAAUACAAUUCUUGAUGAUAAAUGCUAUAAUUGUUAAUUUUAAUGUCCAACUCAUUGUUUAACUUGUGAUUAAUCAACUACUUUACCUUGUCCUGAUAUUUGUGGAGAUGGAAUUAUUACAGGAAAUGAAGAAUGUGAAGAUGGAAAUAAUAUAUAAUAUGAUGGAUGUUUUAAUUGUAAAUAUUAAUGUUAAACUUCAUGUACAAAGUGUAUAUAAGGUAAAUGUUUUGAAUGUGCUACUGCUGGUUGGUACAUUGAUCCAACAGUUACUCCUUGGUAAUGUAAGGAAAGAUGUUAUGAUUUGCAAAUAGUUGGGAGUGAAUAAUGUGAUGAUGGAAAUCUAAGUGAUACAGAUGGUUGCAAAGAUUGUAAGUAUUUCUGUAGAAUUGGUUGUUCUUCUUGUGAUUAUACAAAUAAAAAGUGUUUAAGUUGUGAAUUUCCUGGUUUUGCUCCUACUUCUUACUAUUGUAAGAAUACAUGUGGAGAUGGUUUAGUUGUGACAGAUCCUUAUGGGUUCUAUUCAGAAGAAUGUGAUGAUGGAAAUACAAUUAAUGGUGAUGGUUGCAGUAGCUCUUGUUACUUUUAAUGUUAGUCAUCAACUAUUUGUACUAGUUGUGUAAGUAAUAGAUGUGAAAUAUGUGCUACUGGAUAUAUUCUUUCUAGUUAAAAAGUAUGUUUACCAAUUUGUGGAGAUUCAAUGAUAGUGGUUGGAGAACAAUGCGAAAAUUCAUAUAUAUUACCAUAUAAAGGUUGUAUAAAUUGCUAAGCAAGAUGCCAAAGUUCUUGCCUUACUUGUGAUACUACUGGACUUGGUUGUAUAUCAUGUAAAAAUGGUUACAAUAGAAUUGAUAAUUUAUGUUAUUCAAUUUGUGGUGACACCAUAAUAACAGAAGAUGAAGAAUGUGAUGAUGGUAAUUUAUUAAUUGGAGAUGGAUGUCAUUUCUGUUAAUUUACUUGUUAAGAUUAAUGUCUUAAUUGUAUUAAAGGAAUCUGUUAUGAUUGUUAAGAAGGUUAUGAAUUAAUAUAAUCUAAAUGUUAUCUAAUAUUAUAAAAAAACUAACUUUUUAUUAACUAAGGUGAAACUAAAUAUCAAUUAAUAUCACUUAAUUAAAAUUGUGAUAUCAAUUGCAUGAAUUGUUAAGAUGGGAUAUGUGAUUUAUGCUCAUAAGGAAAUUAUUUAUUUCAUAAUGAAUGUAUUUCAAAUCAUAUAACUAAAAUAUUUUAUGUUAAUGAUAAUAUAAAUUUAUGUGGGGAUAAUAAAAUAAUGGAUGAUGAAGAAUGUGAAGAUAACAAUAUUAUUCCAUUUGAUGGUUGUUAUUAUUGUAAAUUUUAAUGUGAUAUCAAUUGUAAUGAUUGUUAAUUUGGAAAAUGUUAAGGAUGUAUUCUUGGUUAUAUUUUGAAUACUAAUUUUAUAUGUGAACCAGAAUGUGGAGAUGGUAUUGUGAUUCUAUAUUCAAAUGAAUAAUGCGAUCUUGAUAUUGAAUGGUGUAUUAAUUGUCAAUUUAAGUGUUAACCUAAUUGUAGUAAAUGUAAUUUACAAGAAUGUUUUUAGUGUUAAGAAGGUUUUUAUCCUUAUUUAACUUCUUGUAUUCCAAUUUGUGGAGAUGGAAUUGUAAUUGAUGAAUAUGAAGACUGUGAUGAUUAAAAUGAUUAACCAAAUGAUGGUUGUUUUGAAUGUUAAUUUGAUUGUUCAAAAAAUUGCAAAAUUUGCGAAAAAACAAAAUGCCAAUAAUGUGAUAUAGAUUACGUCUUAAAGAAUAAUUAAUGUUUGCUUAUCAAAUAAAAAGAUGAUAUAAAUUCUAACAUUAUUGACAAACCAUAAAAUAAUGAUACAAUAAAUAACAGUGUAAAUCCUUAAUGGUUAUCAUUAAAUGAAAAUAAGAUUUGCAGAGAAUAUGAAUGUGUUUACUCCAAAAAACCCAGCAUGAAAUUGACUUUUAAAAAGUAAUACUUUGCUCUAUAAUAUGUUGAAAUUACAUUCGAUUAAGAAGUAAAAUUCAGAGAUUAAUUAUCAAAAGACGAAUAGUUAUUUAAUAUAAGCAUCGAUUACUUAGAUUAAAAGAGUUAUAACAUCACAAUCAAUUAAAUUUAAGAUAUAUAAUUUGA